UUUGUCCAAUAAAAAAAAAAAAAAGGGCAUCGUCUGAAUUUUCUUCUGUAAACGUCUGAAAUUAAAAUUGAAAAUGUCCAAAUAUUUUUCGAAAAGGUCCGAAAACUAAGUAAAAAUACUGUAUUGAAUAACCGGACAGAAACGAAUGUCCGACCGGACGAUGAACAAACAAAAUGGGUUUGCCUUUCUCUCCCCCAGCCUAAGCUCACAGCCAAACUGGCAAGGCGAUUUAACAUAAAGAAAUGGUUAAAUUUUAGUUCUCCCUCUUUUUACUUCGAUAUCGUCAGACAGCACCAUGAGCGCCGAAGAACAGAAGGUGACCAAGAACCCCAUGCGUAACCUCCAAAUCGAAAAGUUGGUUCUCAACAUUUGUGUUGGUGAAUCUGGUGAUAGAUUGACCCGUGCUGCCAAGGUCCUCGAACAAUUGACUGGUCAAACUCCCGUCUACUCUAAGGCCCGUUACACUGUCCGUACUUUCUCCAUUCGUCGUAACGAAAAGAUCUCUGUUCACGUUACUGUACGUGGUCCUAAGGCUGAAGAAAUCCUCGAACGUGGUUUGAAGGUCAAGGAAUACGAACUCAAGGCUCGUAAUUUCUCUGAAACCGGUAACUUUGGUUUUGGUAUUGACGAACACAUUGAUUUGGGUAUCAAGUACGAUCCUUCCAUUGGUAUCUAUGGUAUGGAUUACUACGUUGUCAUGGGUCGUCCUGGUAACCGUGUCUCCCGCAGAAAGCACUGCAAGUCCAAGGUUGGUAUUAACCACCGUAUCAAGAAGGAAGAAUCCCAAGAAUGGUUCAAGAACCGUUUUGAUGGUAUCAUCUCCAACAAGAACUAGAUGCUCUUUUUUUUCUUUUGGUACAUUAUGAAUAAAAAAAAGAACCUAUUGCAAGCAUACAUUUAAAAGAAA